CAUGUCGUGUGUAUCGGAAAAUACACCUUUUUCGGAAAAUUUGCUUUUUUCCUGUGAGUCGCGUGUGUUUCGGUCGGUCCGUAUGUGGAAAACAGCGUGGAAAUCGAAUUCUGAUAACGCUCGGGAUUAGUGAAUAUUUGCGAGGAGGCGAGCAUUGUGCCACUCAGCUGAUCGCGAAUAGCGUGUAUCGAACAACGACUACAACGACGACGACGACGGCGACGGCGGCGGUGGUGGCAGUGGUGGCGGUGAUAGUGAAGGUGACGUUGAAACCGACGGCGGCGGGGGUGGCUCGUUUCGGGAAGGCGCCAGGUGAUCGGGAAUAUGGGCGAUAACUGGCGCCCGCGUGGUGAAAUUCGCGUACGUUGGGCACUUCACCUCGGGCGGCGACGGCAGAGUGAGAGGAAAAAAGUGCGAAAAUGUUAUUAAACUUGUUUUGCACCCGUUUUCGUCCACCACCAUCGGUGGGUGGAUGGAAAUUCUAACCUCACUUUCAGCGUGAAUGCGUUCGAUUUGCGAAGAGAGAAAAAAUAAGUGAUUGCCUCCCCACGGUUGACGGUCAAUCAAUGUGAAUCUCUCGCUUAAGAGUUGUUUAUGAUGAAUUGAAUGAAAAGUGAUUCCAAGUGAUUUUCAUCGGAAAUUACCUUCGAGUUGAGGUUAGAUCUAGGCGAAAAAGAGCGAGCAGAUUUAUUUAUAUGUGCAGAAAUAGAAGAAAAUAAAAAGGUCUAAAAUAUUUCAGCACUCGCGCGAGCCGUUCGCGUUUCCAUCAUACACACAUAUGUGCGAAGGUACACAGGUUCAGCACAGGCAGACGACCAAAUAUUAAAUGAUGCAAAAUAAAAAUAAAUAUCAAAACAGCAUAAUAAAACUCCAACUAUAGGAGCCGCGCGGGAGCAUUCUAGUGAGGAUUCGGCGCGGUAGUGUAGCCAGGUCAGCGUAGUGUUCGACGAUGGACGGACAGGGGCCGGAGAACGGAUCGCCGUUUCGUCUCAAGCGUGGUGGAGAUAGACCUGGUGUGAAUGAAGAAAAUGCAUGGAGCAAGUGUAACAAAGUGUGACCAGUGCAUAUCAGUAUGAAUAAAUUAAGAAGAAAAUGCUUCCACAUAAUUUCAAUGUUCAUAGUGCUAGUGAAAUCAGGUCAAGUUCAGAAGAUUGCAUCGGUGAAAUCAAAUCCUCACAAAUGCCCCACCGAGGGGCCAUCAAAGCAUAAGCAAGGCAAGCGUGCAUUCCUAGUGUUAUCAACGUCACCGGCAGAAGCUCGGUGAAACCCAUCAGCCGCAGUGGCCCCCCAGAAUGUGUCCAGUGGUGCCGCGGGGGCCAGCCGAACGUACGGGCUGAUCUUUGUGCUGCUAUCUGUAUUGCUCUCGUCGGCGAGUCCCCUAGCGGUGCCAUCAGCGGCACAAUCUCAGAAUCACCAUCGGAAAGUUACCGAAAAGUUGCCGCCUAACACCGAUCACAUGCAGCAGCAGCUGCAGUCUUCGACGGUAGUUCCGCAUCAGCAGCAUGGUCAUCGAAGGAUCGAUUCCAUCUCUUCGAUUGACCUCGUACGAUACUGGCCGGGAACUCCUCCGGAUCUGUACAAUAUCACUCUCAGUGCGAUGAAGCAGUACAUUAGGAGCCAGUUGAAUUCAACGGGUCUUGGCAAAGGCCCUCGAAAGCGAUCGCAUCAUCACUCGGAUGCCGAUAUCGAUUUUUACCAGAAGAUUAUAGAAUUCAACAAUACCCAGUCGACGUUUAGUUCUAAUUAUUUAGGUUAUGGCAGUAAUAAAUCAUCAGUUUCAAAUGUUACUCACCAUCAUCCACCGCGGUUGGGUGAUACACUGCAACCUGGGAUAUCUAUGGACGUGCCAGGAUUUCCAGAGCAAGAUUUACAUAUUGAUGAUCCGAUGGCCUCGUUUGAGCGGUCAGUGGAGCAUUCCAACGAUCAAGAUGCGGCAAAUGUUGCCAAUGCUGAAGAUAGUAAAAAUAGAGCCAGUGCUACAACCAACGCCAAGGAUUACAGCAUACAGAAUGAUGAUCCUCGGGAGUACAUGGCCGGGAUAUCUCCCUAUCCAGAACGACCGGCAAAAACGACAACAUGGGACUCGGCUUUCGUCAGACAUAGAGAAUACGUCUACUUCCUGUUGUCGUUUUCGCUCAUCGGCGCAGUUGUGCUGGGCCUGUUCGGUGCGUACCGGUGUCUCCGUGUGACCGCUAGCCGUGCACCGCCCGAGGUUCUGGCCUUGCCAAUUCAGUUCAUCACCGACGAUCUAGCCGCGGCGGCCGCGGCAGCAGCAGCAACAGCAGCACCUCUAAGCGCCGACUCGAACCAUCUGUCUGUACCCAUGCUAUCGGUACAGUCACCCGGCUGCGCGGGAAUGGAGCGGCUCGGCGUUCCUGCCCGCAGUUCCAUUGGCUCACCACCUCUCAGAGAUGAACGAAGCCGACGAUUACGAGUAGACCCCGGCGUUGCGUCAAACGGCGCCACCAGCAACUCUUCUGCCAUUUACCAGCAUCAUCCCAACGUGCACCAUCACAGCCAUACUGCGCUUCACCACCACGAUCAUCUAAUAGUCAGCAGUAGUACUAGCAAUUUUAUGAACAAUCAUCAUAACCACCACGCCCAGCAGUACCAUCAAACGACGACGUCCGGGAUUCGCCAAAAGGAUGCAACGGGAGGUAGUACCAGUUCCGGCGGUGGCGGUGGUAGCAGCAGCAGCAGUAGCUACGGUAAAGCCAACCAUCAUUUGCACCACCAGAGCAGUAGUAGCUUCUACGGGGGAAAUAACAAUCUGUGCAGCACCAGCAUCAGUCGGUGUCCGCACCAUGUGGCGCUGCCGGAUGGCGAACGGGGACCGGAUCGGGAUCUGCAGAUACGGUCGUCCUGUCAGCAAUCGGAGAUCCCCCGAACGUACGUUAAGGCCCCACCGAACAAAACGGUACGGGACGUCCCGGCCCAGUACCAGUCGGGUGCGUCGUCCACGUCGUCGUCCAUGAGCAAUCUCAACAGCCACCUGCGAGGAGGAGUAGGCGGAUCGGUAGCGAUGAGUCACUCGCUCAGCGGUGGUGUCAGUCUGGGCAACCGGGCGAUAGUCAACAGUCUGUCGGCACUGGGUGGUGGAAACGGUUCAUCCAGCACCGGUGGCAACAGCACCAGCGGCAGCAGCAGCAACAGCAGCAGCAAACCCAAGUCUGACAAGCUGAAAGAAAUCCUGCGAUCCCUGACAGGUAACAAAACAUCUAAAUCAUCCACUAGUGGUAUUAACAUAAGUAGUAGUAGUAGUAAUAACAAUUAUAAUAAUAAUAAUGGAACUAUAAGUAGCAGUUCUAGUUGUAAUAACAACAAUUAUCGAAGCAAUCCCUACGGGAAUGGAAGUGUGGUCGGGUCGAGUGGAAGUCGGAGUGGGUUGGGUUCUUCUAACGGUGGAAACCAUCUAGCAGUAAGUGGAAUUCAUAAUCAUAAUCAUCACUACCGGCAAUCGACAGCGUCGGUACAGCAGCGGCAGCAUCAACAGACUCAGCAGAGCGGGUUAUCCUCGUCGGUUCCGAAUGCCUCCUCGGGGUCCUCGCUCGGUGGCAGCAAUACGCCAAUGUCCUUAUCCGCCAGUCCCAGCCCGGAUACGAGCACGCACUACAUGUGACAGGAUGGCCGGUCGCUACAGGAUAGUUGAAAUGUUGAUCCGGAUCAUGCCGAUGAUCUGUUUCCUUUUUUAUUCGUAAAGCUAGCUAAUCGAUGUCGUGAUAAUAUUUGUGAUUCUGAUUGCAAGGAUAGAUGCGAAGGACAGCCAGGAAGAAAGGAAGGUGCUGCUACUGCUGAGGCUGCGACCGUUGAGGUCCCUCUGAGAUGUUCAUAUUCUGUGCCGUCUGGUCGUAGUAGUCAUAGACCUCCGGGAGCAAAGUGGAAACAGCUCCCGUCGGGUGGAUCAGCAGUAGGCGGUGAUGGUUUCCGUCGCUGCACCGACGCUGGCGCCGGUUGCCAUGUGAUGGAACUCGAGUGUGAUGACAGGUUGUAAACAAAGAAUUCAAAGUGUUCAGGCUUUUCGGUGACUAUGAGGCUUAGGUUGCAGAUUUCAAAAUUUAAAACUUGGAUUCGAAAAUAAGAAUGGUUUUCCGGGCAUUUCAAAACAUUUUCCCACAGUCACGAUACAAGCUAAGGAAAGAUUUCUCGUCCAAAAUCAAAAAAAUUCAGCAGCCAAUUUACUUUCUGCAAAUCGGAAAACAAAUCAAGUACAAAUGUCAUCUCUCGUAUUCGUAGUAGGCUUCGGACAAACGAUCUCACUGCGAUUUUAUAACACAUAGCUAGAAAUAAAUUAUUGUUUGUUUUCCGUUCUGAGAACUCAAUCAAAUCCGCACCACCACCUGCCACCGACUACUAAAUUCACAAAGAUGCAACAGAAAACAAAAUAAUAGAAACUUCCAGUAUCAAUCAGUUGUACAUUUUCUUUCUGUCGCGCGCAGCGUAGAUAUCCGCACUGUCCCCCGAAAAAUCCCAAACUUUUUAAAGUAACUAUAUUUUACUGUAGCAAGUAAGGUGUAAACAGUAAGUAAAAGUAAUAAAAAAAAGUAUCAAAUCCAUGUGCAAGACUACCAUUUAGUAAAGUGUGCAACCAAAACGACGAAUGAGUAACUACUAUCAGUAACGGAAGGUUAAUAAAGCAAAACUGAAACAUAAAAAAAAAACUGCAUGAACAUUAAGUAAAAAUGACAGCCUUUUCCGGCCUUCGUUUCCCCGAAGGAAGAGAAUGAAAAAUACUAGCGAAAUUUUAUUAUUUGUUAAGUUAAAUUAUUUAAUUCUAAAUCAAUUGUAUUGGCUGGUAGGAGCAAGACACCCCUCAAUAGCCCUAACAAAAGAAUGCAUUGAUGAACUAAGAACUACAAUAGAACAGCAACAAUCCGCUUCUUUAUCAAUCCAGGUUACAGUGAAACACUAUAAUAGUAAUGCGAAAUGUGGAAAACAAAUAGCUCAACUACUACAGAAAUACAAUAAUUAUAUAAUGCACAGAGAUGAUGGAAAUAUAAAUAAACACUCACAUAUAGACACACACAAAAGCAACAGGCAGACCCGUAAAAUAAUAAAAAAAAACACUCACUCAUACACAAACACACCGCAAAGAGAUAAAUUAUACGCAAAUAACAAAACAGUAUACUGCAAAAUAAAACAAAAUAAGUAGAACGCUUUUUUGUCAAUAGCAACAGCUGUUUGGGAGUAACAUUACCCUAUCCUUGCUACACUACUGCCACCAGUACGCUCAUUUCAUGGAACCGGACCAUCUCUGCUCUCUUGCGAGCAAAACUAUUACGGACACUCGGUUGGGGGUCCACAAACACAGCACAUUCGUUCAUCCCUCAUUCACAUUACCCUAUUUUCACAAUAUAGUCCAACAUACAAUUUAUUCGCAUAUUUACAAAAUCCAUUACGCAUCACACCAUCAUCCUCAAGAGUCAGAGCCUACUGAGGCGUCCCAGCUUGAUCGGUUCGGUGUUCAAGGCAUAGUGACGUCAUCAAUGCCGAUCUCGUGAUCGUUACCGUUGCCCGCAAGAGAGAAGAGAUGGACUGAUUCCAUGGAAUGAGCAUACCGGUGGCAGUAGCGUAGCUAGGCUAGGGUGAGGCUACUCCCAAACAACAGCAAUCGAUAAACUACAACUAUUACUAUAAACUACUACUACAUACUACCGAAAUUACUUCUGCAAAAUCUUACCACUACAGCAACAAAAAAGCAAAGAAAUAGAAAACAAACUACUACAAACAGCAGCAGCAACAAACAAACAAACAAACAAACAAACCAACUACACAAACACACUACUAUACCACUUACAUAAAUCACAUGGCUGGGAAUGUGUAAUCUUUCUAUUUAAAGCAAAUCAACCGUGAACGAAGGUGUAAGUGGGAGGGAGGGAGUUAGGGAGAGAGAG